UGAUCGUCAUAAACGCAUUUUCACUCAGCACUGGCCGUGGUCAUCCUCUUUCCUCGAUCCGCUCCCAUCUGUGCUCAGGGAUGAUUUUACCAGCUUCAUUUGUAGGGGCUACCCUAGUGUUCUUCUCCAGUCAUGCUGAAGCGUUUAUCGCAAACGGACGGGCCCCGUUGGUGCAGCAAGCUUGCUAUCGACUGCACGGCCGAUCAGCAACGCCGGUACCGAGUAAGCUCUGUCCGCCUGGAGCACCAAGAUCGAGGGUUCUAAUGGUAUCGAACCAGGAUGGAGUGCUGGUGGACGAGUUUGGAAUUCCCAUUUAUGACGAAAACGGAGAAAUCAACGAUGACCAGUUGGACGAUUACCAGAAGAAUCCGGACGGGUUGAAGGAGGGGGAUCCGAUUACAGUAAUCGCCAAAGGUCUCACGUUCUACCACGUCCGAGGUCACAAGGACGGGUUUGACCCGGAGGGAUGUGUCGGGCAGAUCUCGAGCUUAUACAUCAUGAGUAAGAAGUACGAGGGAGAGUUUUCCACUGCACACCGACCCGUGGUGUGCACCUUCACGUACCCGAAAAAGUUCAAAGCGCACUUGGAGUUUGGGGAGGUGAGAAAAGCAACGCCGGAGGAAAUCGAGAAGAACCAACAACUGAUUGAUGCCCAGAAUGCACUGGAUGCUAUUGAACAAGAAAAAAGAGACGCAGCCAGGGCCGCCAAGGAGGCGGAAGAGGCGGCAGCGAAAGCAGCGGAAUAGAGCCAAGCGUCCUAGUAGAUUUUAUGGGCACAAGCGAGGGGAUCGCCGUGCUGUCUUGCUUUGGAGUGACGGAAGUCCUGAAUGUGUUGCGCCAACAUGGAGCACGCGACGUAGUUAGGAGGAGUCGGACCCCGGUCGCAAGUCGGGUUAUGGACCGGACAGCCUUCCUUCUUGCCGUUUCCUUCUUCAGCACCCAUCCAUGUUUUUAUGUUAUUUCCGUUGACGACGGGCAGUAAGUACUUGGACAGGGUUGGUGAGUUGAGGGUGCGAUGGAGCAGUUUCCUGCAGUUUCCUGAUGCUCAAUGAAGGGGUUUCCAUGUUGUUUUUAUGGUACACAUGACAAAAUGACCGCUUUCCCGAGAUUCUUCCAAAGAUUCCAAGUUGAAUCUGCGCAGUGAAGGUUUGCGUGGCAUCUGCGGAGGACCGGACAACUUCGAGUCUGUCACAGUCUUGACUUAAAGACUUGAUGCCAGCCGGAGUAGAACGUUUGUUAUUGUUGCGAUGAUAUGUAGGUAACCAGCUUUAGCUGUAGAAACGCCAUGAGCGCCCAACUUUGGACCCCCCCACCCGAUGAAAACGACGGUGUCUGCCAUCAACUGUGCACGCUUUCGUUUGACAGCAACGAAGCGGAGAAGCUUUUCUACAUUUUUUGUUCAUGAGCAUCGAUCGACCUUGCGGUCGAAUAUUCCUUCCACCGGUUCUACAACGCACUGAUCGAUUGUACCACUUGUACAAGAUGGAUUUGGUCACACGUGCUCGAACUGUACUCGGGUGAAGAAAGACCUCCUCAUCAAGUCGAUCUCUGUUGUGAAGCCUCCUGCAGUAACCCAAGCCAUUCCGAUGGCACAGACAGGGUGGUGCCCCACGUGUGUCGAAAUGGUACCUAGCGAAGAGCGGGUUGAGAGGCUAAAUAGUGGAGAAGGUCCGGAACCAGGUGGAGGACGAAAAGGUACUGUUGACGCAGCAAGCGUUCCGAAGAGAACCCCGUGUAAGAGGGAAUGGCGCAGGGAACGAGACGCAAACCGCUGAAGGGGGAUCGCCAUGAAAGGCUAGAAAAUGAGAGUGUGAACGUGAACUCAACGAAGGCGACGCCUUUAGAGGAGUAGAGGUACAGUUAUGAGGGACGCGAGAGCAGAGAGAGGAAGUGUAGAAGAGAGCAAAGGGCUUUGAUCAGAUUUCGUCGAUACGACAACAUGCAGGCAGUAUGUAUUGCAUUACCUCAGAGCAAUGGUGUUCGAGAUCAACGAAUUACAGCAGUGGCAAGCCCAAUGGAGCAA